UCCCUGCGCGAACCGGCGGCUCCGGCGGCCGCUGCCCUGCCCUGCCCCGACCCGAGGCCGGCGCGGACAGCGCCCCGUCACAGGGCGGGGAGAGGCACGGCAGGAAGUCGGUUCUGGUUCCUGGGUUAAGGCGCCCAGGCAGGAGAGAGCGCCCUGUGUCGGGAGCGACCGCGGGCUCCGUGAGGCGCUCGCUUCCAGUUCCCAAGAUGAUGGCAGUGUAACUUAGAAAAUAUAGCAAUCGAAAAAUCUGUUUUGAGAGCAGAAAUAUAUAGAGAAGUACUUUCGGUUGGAUGGCACCUGUGUUCUCAUCUCUCAUGAAACUGUGAGAGGUCUGUUAACUUGACUAUCUUUCCAGUGAUGAAACAACAUUGGGAAUUAUGGACAAAAACAUUGGAGAGCAGCUUAACAAAGCUUAUGAAGCCUAUCGACAAGCAUGCAUGGAUAGGGACCAUGCCAUGAAAGAACUACAGCAAAAAACAGAAAACUACAUGCAGCAAAUACGUGAACAGCAGGAAAAGAUAGAGCUUCAAAACAGCAUUAUUGCAAAACUGAAAUCACAGUUGGCUGCUCUGAAUGCUAAUAGAGGCAAUGCACAUCCUUACAUUCUGGUGCAAGAAGACGUUGAAACAUCCAACUUACCUUUCAGGCAGCUCUCUGAAAAACUGAACAUAGCAAAACAAAGAGAAAAACUCCUAAAGGAACAGUUAGACAGUGAGAGCAUGAAAUUGAAGCAACUUGAGGACAAAAGCAAUCAAAAGGAAAGGAAGCUUUUAUCUAUUAUUUCCAAUCAAGAUGAUAAAAUAAGAAAUCUGGAAAGCAAAUUGCAAGAAUUAAAUGAAGCACAAAAGGGUAUACAGACGCCAACAUAUAAAAGGGAGGUGAAAAGUAAGAAAGUUGUUCCAGAUAAGCCUGAAUUAUCUCUAGGGAUCUCUGGUAUUUCACCUGAAAGAGAGAAUCUGGAGACUAUUUUCCAGGACAUGAAAGAAGAGUGUCGUCGAAUAUGUAUGCUAGCCAGAGAACAAACAGACCAACUGAGUAUAUUUAAGAUAAAGCCAGAACCUGAAACUGAAAUACAGUUUUCCAUGCCGAUACAGUGCACAGAUAAAACUGAUGAACAAGCAGAAGAGCUUUUUAAGCCUCGGGUUAUAAAGGAUAUAAAUAGAGGUGCAUCAUGCAUCACAUCUAUCACACCAAGAGGAGUGGGCCAAGAUGAGGACAACAACUCUGUAGAAUCACUUUCUAAAUUUAAUGUCAAGUUUCCACCUACAGACAAUGACUCUGCUUUCUUGCAGAGCACUCAGGAAAAACCAGCAAUUCCUUGUACUGCUAUAUCUGAAAACAUGCUUCAAGAUCAUCAUUUUAACCUGGAGCACAGAGACCGUGCUGUUAACCUCAGUAAAUUGGAACCUAACUCAUUUGAAGCUCAUGGCAUUGAUCUCAUGACCUCAGCUUUACAAAGUUUAACUACUGUUGACAAAACAAACCCCUCAGAUCAUGCAAAGAUGCCCAUAGAAGAUAUCUGUGACAAACCAUGUUUAAAAACAACAGACAGUGGUUUCACAUUUGUACCUAAGCACACAACCCAGGGUGUACCUGAAGUAAUUUUUUCUUUAGAAGCUGCUGGAACAACCGUCAGAGGUCCUCAUCAGCCCAUUUGGCAGCCUCAAGACAAUGAUUUGCUGGCACAAGCACAUGCAGACUCUGAACUAAAUCAGUGUGGAAUAUGUGAAUUCUGUCGAGAAGUUUUCCCACCAUCUCUAACAUCUAAGGAAGAUUUUCUUCGGCAUCUCAAUUCCCACUUUAAAGUACAGUCUUAAUGUAUGAGAAUUCAAUGGUUCACUGUUUUUGCAUACAUUUAUACUUUUUUUUUAUUCAAUAGAUAUGAUAAGAGUUUAAGAAUUAAGACUUCUUGUAACAAGAACUCAUGACUGAAAUUGUUUGUCAGAUAAGCACAUUUUUAGUUGUCUUUUGACAAGGCAAAAUGAAACUAAGUCGCUCAGUACUGUAAUUCACAUUACUGCUUAUUGUGCUUCACUAUUAAGUUUGAGAGUGAUGUCAAAUACUUUUUUUUCCCCAAUUCAUCUUUGCCUAAAUAGGCCUGAAGUUGUGACUAUAUUUAUGAAUGUAGACUUGCAGGAUUAUUGCCUUAAUCUGACCGGCAAAAAUUGGUAUAAUGGUAGGAUUUUUUUUGACAAUAUCCAGUGAUGUGAUUAUGUUCUCCCUGAAGUAAACAGGAAAAGAACUAGACCCUCAUUUUUCAUUUAUAUUAUAUCACUUCCAAAUAGUGAACCUCUUAAUUCAUAUCCUUGUAAAAUUAUCAAUUAAUAGCUGAAUCCAGGUGUGCCAGAAUUAGGAUAGGUUUGUUCACUAGUAACAUAAAUGAAUGGUUGACUUUCCCAGAUGAGUUUUUUACUAAAGCAAGUAAUCAAAAGUAACAUAUAAAUGACCCUUUUGUCAAAAUGGAACAGUAAUGAUUUUAUGAAUAUCUGUUACAUGUUAUAAAAAAAAAAUUGUCAUGUUCAUGUACCUUUAUAGCAUUAAUAAUUACUAAAAAUGCUUUCAGGGAACAGGUUAUAUUAAUAUGAAGGAUAGAAAAGGUUAAACUUUCCCAAAAAUUAAUAAUACCAAAGAUUAUUUUCCUUCCCUUCUGGUCUGCUAUGAUGGAUUGCCCAAGUCUGGUACAGACUAGAAAGGAAAGCAGAAAACCUAAUCGCCCAAAUCUCAGUGAUUUUUUUUUUAAGCUGAAUAUAGUGGCUUUCUCAAUACAAUUAAAAUUUGUGUUUGGUUGAAACAUUGAAGUCUGAUAAAGUUUGCACAUUUUCUGGAUUUACUGAUAUCAAAUCUAAAAAUAGGGGUGUUGCCAAGUAUUUUAAAUUAAUCAUAAAGGGUGCUUGCCUUUUGCAUUUGAACUGAAUAUAGAGUUUAGCCCUGAUAUUGAUAAUUAGCAUUAAUAUUUUCAUAGCUGCAAAGCACAACACCUUUUCUUUUUAAAGAUUUGUUUGCAGGUGACAAAUUUCUGGAAGAAUUAACACCUGCGUAAUUUUUAAAAUGGAUUUUUCUGCAAUUAUUUUCUCUAUUUUAAACAUGUCAUGGUUGUGACGGGCUGUCAACAGAGUGUACUGUAAUAAACAGCACUGUACAGUGCACGUCUGCUCCA